CUCUGCUCCGAUAAGCGGAGCGUCAAAACCAGCGAGACAGUGAAGCAGCAGAAAAUUGAACAAAUUGUGAUCCAACGUACUAGCCGUACUCAUAUUACUUAAGUCCACAGUGCAAAUUCAGCGAAAAUUAACACACGGAGAAUGGCUCCGGCGAAAAAACGCGAAAAAGAUACUGCAUUAGCAGCGCCGGCAGCUGCUGUAAGCAAUGGUGCUAACGGAAGUGUUAACGCUGGUAAUGGGGGUGGAGCGGUUGCGGCAACAGCUGCUGUUGCAACUGCAGUCGCUACAAAUACUGCAACAACGGGCAUUGAUAAUGCAAAACUCAAUGGCCAUCAACAAGAGCAGGAACUCUUUCUGCAGGCUUUUGAAAAACCUACACAGAUCUAUCGGUUUUUACGCAAUCGUCAUGGAACAAGUCCAAUUUUCUUGAAUCGAACACUGAGUUAUAUGAAGGACCGCAUGUCGCGAAACAAUAAAAAGCGUGCGACGUUCAAAGUCAACUCCAUAUUGCAGCAAAUAACACAAAAAACUGAAUCGAUAUCAAAUAAAUACUUGAAUAUCAUCUACAAUGGUUUGUUUGAUAAGAGUGCUUGCAGCGAUCAAUGGUGGAAUACGGGCGAUGCGGUUUGUGUCGAAGCAACGCUUUAUAAGAUAACAAAAAACAAGCGAAAGGAUAGCACGUCAGAUUUUCAGGAAAUGAUGAGUUACAGUUCAGAUGUUGUUUAUAAUCCGAAUGAUGAUAUUGGGCGUUUCUCUGUCAUAAGCAUUCCGGUGCAAUCAAUGUGCCCUUUGGGUGAUCAACACACCAUCUACAAACUAUUGUUUCGGAUUAAAGUUCUGCCCAAAAUUGAUUCAAAUACAAAUGAUGAGAAUUGUGAAAAUGGUGAGACUCCCAGCAAACGCGGUAAAAUGAACACAAAAAUAUACGGCUGCGAAUUAAUAGUGUUUGAGAAAAAUAUUUGCUUCAUUCCGGAGGGUGAUUAUGAGGCGGCGAUGCAGGAGCUCAAUUCGAUGAGCAUAAAGUCCUUCUCCCCAAAGAAGCGCACAUGGGAAACGCUACCGGACAAUUACAUUCCACUCUCAAUGAAAUUCGAUGUAUUCAAUCAAUUUCCCACGCUCAAGUUUCGCUUAACCUGGUCAGCCAACGAAAUGAUUAGCAGUAUUGAUGCAAAGGAUUUACAUUUAUAUGGUAACUUUGCUGGCAACACAGAUGAGCCGAAAGAUAAGUCACAGAAUUUAACUAAUGGUGUUGCAAUUCAAAUGAACGGCACCGUUAAUUCAAAUGACACUACGGGCGCACUUGUAAAUCAUAACAAUAAUUUCGUCAAAAGCAAUGGUAGUAUUGACAAAAGCGGCGUCGUACUACCUACUUUAAAAACGGAGAAAAUCCAAAUAGUUUAUAAUUUUCUGUAUAGUAACAAUACGCGCCAACAAACAGAGUACACACAAGAGGUAAUAUGUCCAUGGUGUGGGUUGGACUGCUUGCGUUUGUACGCAUUGCUUAAGCAUUUAAAGUUGUGCCAUGCCCGUUUCAACUUCACUUAUCAACCGGCAGGAAAUGGUGCGCGUAUCGACGUGACAAUCAAUGACUCGUAUGAUGGGUCGUAUGCGGGUUCGCCCUACGACCUGGCCGGCCCAUCAGGCUGCUCUUUUGCGCGCACUUGUGGUCCAGUGCGCAGAACGACGGUGACAAAUUUGUUAGUAUGCCGUCCACGUAGACAGAAAACGUGUCUAGAUGAAUUUCUGGUGCUGGACGAGGACGAUUUAAGCAAUCAGCGACCCUAUAUAACGGGCCACAAUAGACUUUACCAUCAUACGGAAACUUGUUUGCCGGUGCAUCCGAAAGAACUAGAUAUCGAUUCAGAGGGCGAGAGUGAUCCACUUUGGCUACGACAAAAAACCAUACAAAUGAUCGAUGAGUUCUCCGAUGUGAACGAGGGCGAGAAAGAGUUGAUGAAAUUGUGGAAUUUGCAUGUUAUGAAACAUGGUUAUGUCGGCGAUUGUCAGUUGCCAUUAGCUUGUGAAAUGUUUUUGGAUUCGAACGGUCAUGAGGUUAUACGCAAAAAUCUCUAUCGCAAUUUUAUCUUACAUAUGUGUUCACUGUUCGAUUAUGGGCUCGUCUCACCUGAAACUGUCUAUAAAACUGUACAAAAACUGCAAGGUAUGCUAAGUAAAUAUCCCGAGGGACAAGAGAUGAUGUCCAAACAACGUGAAGCGCAAUUAAAGUAUUGGCUGGAAGUUGGCAUACAUAAGCAAGACGAACAAAAGCUCAAAUCGCCACAAAAACAACCGACGUCAAGUGCAAACGUUGUUGCUGAGGCGUUAGGCACCAUCGCAGUCGAAGCUACUGGCACCCCGGUAAGUGGUAACAAAAAUUUGGAUAACAAACCAAUGCAACCACCUUCAAAGCGCUCCGCCACAGCUGUCAAACGUGCCAGUAUGCAUCCACAAAAUUGUGUAAAUGGCAGCGCUGCUGACAAAAUGGCUAAUGGUGGUAAAGGUGUUGCCAAAAAGACUGUUUCCCAAGCAGAUGACGAUCAAGACCCGCCCGCAAAUAGUGUAGUUAGUAGCGCUAACACCGAUAAACGCGAGCGGCGCAGUGAAAGCAGAAGAAAUAGCACGGCUUCUAAUGCGGCAGCUACAGGGGGGACAGUAACGUCGACGAUGGAGCGCGAUAUAAAGAAUGAGCGAAAAGAGGCUCAAGGCAGCGAGCGUCCUCAACGUGGUAGUGCUGUUGGUGGUGGCGUCGCGGCAUCAAAUACCGCAUCAGAAUCACGCGCGCAGGCAGCUAAAAGGAGAUUGUCUAUAAAAGCUUUUAAAGAUGUGGAAGGAGAGGGCGUUGGCGUUGAAAGUGGAAGUGGAAGUGUUGGCGCAGAUAGUAAUAGUGAAGCGUUGGAAGCAAGUAAUGAUGAAAGUAUCAUAGCUGCCGUUAGCAAUGCACUGUGGCAAAUCGCAAGUAAUGAAGUCAGACAAAUCUCUGCAGGGUGUGAAGCUACAGCAAAUGUCUUAAAUAUUGGUGUUGUUGUUGAUGUUGAUGCUGGUAAUGAUGCUGCUAUUGGUGGUGAUGAUGUUGGUGAUGAUGACCUUGAGUCCGAGCUACGUAAUGAUAUGACGAAUACAUCAACUAUAACCUCAGUCGCUACAGUAGCCACAACAAUUGCUGAAGCGGAGAAUACUCCUUUGGAUGAUGUAUUAGCAGCUAUGUAGUAGUUAAAUUGUAUUGACGGCUUUUUAAGCUAACCUCUCGCAAAAUGCUUACAAACCUCAUUAAAGUACUAUAGAAUAACUGUUUGUAAUGUAGUAAAUAUUUAACUAACAAUUUUUUUUUUUUUGCAUUUUGGUAUUCUUUUGCUUUUAAAGAUGCCAUUUUGAAAUACAUACACAUAGUAAAAAUAUACACUAUGUACCUACUUUUAAUUUGUCUAGCGGAAAUAUUGAAUUCUAAACUCAUAAAAUAAAUGGAAAUUUGUGCAUAUUUUCAGGCUAAUUUCAUUGUAAGCAAUUUUUGUACGUGCCAAAUUCAUUUGUCAUAGUUUAACUAUCGUUCAAUUUAUAUGUAACCCUUAUGUGGUAAACAGAAUUGCAACGGAGAGCGGGUAACGGGCUGACGCACAGUGGUCCAAGUUGCUCUAGUAGGGUAAUUUAAUUAUUAUAUUAAGAACUAAGCUAGAUAUCGGGAUGAAAUUUUGUACAAAUUACGUUCGGAUGACUAACAACUUCAGGUCAAAAAUAGGCAAGAUCGAAUAGCGACCACGCCUACCAACCAUAUAAUUAUCAUUCCCACGAUAGCUGGUUCUAUGUACCGGAAUGACUCGGGUUUUACCCGACCAAGGGCUGCUGUUUCGGCGAUCUAACCCCGUUUAGGUCACAGUUGCCCACAAGCGUAUAUGAAACAGAAAAAAAUGUCGAAAAUCGACAAUUGUCGCACCAGUCACUUUUAUGAAAUAGGCCCCAGGAUAUUCCGUAAUAUGACAAGUGCAACACUUGCCUUGGCUGGUGUCACUUUAGGGCAUGCUGAAGACUGCGCACCACGCGAGAUUGGACGAGGGACUAUGAGUGCCCAUGCUGUGCUGCUCGGACGCAAUCCCCAACUGCCACGCCGCCCACUAACACCGCAGGGCAACAGCCGCAGCAGCAGCAAGCACAGCAUGUGGCGGCUCGGCAACUCGUGUCACUUACACCCCACAUACCAAUAAGUCUCCCUAAGCACACGAAGAUUUUACAAUUCAACUGUAACGGACUUCAGAGCAAGAUCGAGGAGAUAACAGUCUUCAUGGGUCGGCACGGAAUAUUAAUAGAUGCGGUCCAAGAGACGAAGCUGCACGGCAAUUCAACAUUGUUGUUGCGUUCAUCACGCACCACACCUUGCAGUAUCGUCUUAUCGAAGCAGACAUCGACGGCAGGGAUACCAUUCUGGAAUGUCAGGGUAUUGCAAUCCGGUCAGGCGAUGUCGAGCUC